AUGAUCUAGACUGGCUCGUAAAGAAUGUGGCUGCCACUGGCUUCACGAGCGAGCUGUUAUGGCCUGAAGGAAGAAGAUGCGUUUGCUUGUUAAAGCAGCCUACAUAGAAGGCAACCUGACGAAUUGAACAUUUAAAUUUUAAACCCUACACCGCCAUUGGUCUCCUCCAGUUCAGCUAUUGAUCAAUCUCUUGGACCAGGCUACCCGUCGGAGCCUCAGAGGCCGACCAGACUUUAUCCUCCUCUCUUUCUCCGGAGGUCACGUAAAGAAUAUCGUGAAUGGCUUAUAUGCGUAGUCUGUCCACAAGAGCAACCUUUAUUGCUCGAAGAUGCCAUCCAUCUUUUACUUAUGUUCUCCAUGAUGAUGAUCGAAAACAUUACACAAGUGUUGAAGAUUUGUCUCCCCAGAGAAUUGAUAAUUUUGUUCAGAGGAGGAGGUCAUUCGGAAGUAGUAGCUUCAACAAGUUGGCUGGGUUUGUUCCCUUUCUCCCAGAUAGAGGAUGUUCCCACGUUCUUCUUCCGUCAAGCUUCGGCCCCUCGUUUCACAGGUAUAUGUCAACGACUGUUGGUGAUGGGUCAGAAAAAAUUGAAAUAAUGAGUGAUGUUGCUGGUGUUUUGACGGAUACAACUGUAGAAGCAGUUGCUUCCCAGGCCUCUGCAGUGAAUGAAGUUGCCAUUGCUGCUGCUGAUUCUUUCCUGCCUGUUCAGGCGUUGCAAUACCUCAUAGAUGCUGUACAUUCUUUUACCGGCUUGAACUGGUGGGCUUCCAUAGCUUUAACAACCCUUUUGAUUCGAGGGGCAACACUUCCACUUUUGAUAAAUCAACUUAAAGCUACUGCAAAACUUACUCUCUUGAGGCCGCACUUGGAGGAAUUAAAGCAGCAGAUGCAGGAUAAGGGUAUGGAGCCAGCUGAAGGUCAACAACAAAUGCAGAAGCUUUUUAAGGAAUACGGUGUAAGCCCAUUUACUCCCUUGAAAGGACUUUUAAUACAAGGCCCUGUCUUCAUCAGUUUUUUCCUCGCAAUUUCAAAUAUGGCAGAAAAGGUGCCAUCAUUCAAAGGUGGUGGAGCCUACUGGUUUGUUGAUCUCACCACUCCAGAUAGUUUGUACAUUUUCCCUCUUUUGACAGCAGUGACAUUCUUAGUAACUGUGGAGUGCAACAUGCAAGAGGGUAUGGAAGGAAAUCCUGUUGCUGGCACCAUGAAAAAUGUUUCAAGGGGCAUUGCCGUUCUUACAGUUCCAUUUACCAUGAGUUUUCCGAAGGCAAUAUUUUGUUACUGGGUUACGUCCAAUUUGUUCUCGCUUGUGUAUGGGCUUGCGCUUAAAAAUCCCGGCGUGAAGAAAUUCUUGGGUGUUCCUGAAAUGCCUGUGGCGCAGCCACCUACUGCCCCACAACCUGCCUUCUCUGCGUUUUCAGCACUGCAACGUCCUACAGUGGUCAAACAGGAACCCACCCCAAUACCUCCUGAAUCAGUAAAGCGCCCAGACCAGAGAAUUUCUUCAUCAUCCCUUAUCAGUCAAAGGCUUAGAAGUUUAGAGAAACAAGUAAAAGGAAGAAAGAAAACCAAGAAGAGUUCUGUAUUUGUAGUCUUGAAUUGUUCUGUUGGUUUUGCCUUGCUGAAACAUGAGUUGAAUUCGACCCAAGGUAGAAGAAGACAAAGCUCCCGAGGUUGACUUGAGGAAACUCCUUGACCAUGUCGAACACAGACUAAAUAAAUUUGCUUUGUUUCUGCUCGCACCAAAAAGAAAACAAAAAUGACAGGAUAGGAGUGAAAGAAGAAUGAGCUCCUCUGAGAAUUCAAUUGCUAUUUGUUAUUUUUCGGAAAGGAUAAAAGUAUUUGGCAUUUGGAACUCAGCCAUGAGCGGUGGCACGGAGAGAUCAUGGAGGAAGUGUGGUGGUUGGCUGGCAUUGCUCGAAACAGGCACUUUUGACUUUCGACACUAGGGAGAAAAUUUGGCUUAAGUGAAGUUUGUUCGAAUUGUUUCGAUCGGAACAAACUUCGACAUGUAUAUCAUCUGUGAGAAAAUUUUCUGUUUCCUUCGACAUGAAACAAACUGUUCGGAUUGUUUCGAUCCAAUUUGGCUCAAGCGAAGUUUUAUUAAAUGAGUUGAUCUUACACUUGAAAUUAUUAUCACAGCUUGUAUAAAGCUCAAUUUCAA